UGUGUUGCUGAUGUCAGCCUUUGUUGGGACAGUUUAGCCCGGCCACACAUAACCGUAGUCCACGCCGCUCCCAUCAUACACGGUCUAGGGGGACUCGCAGCCAUCGCCUGUGGCCCGCAGCACAGCACAGGGAAGCGGCAGGAAGGAGCUGGAGCCUGAGAGACCCCCAGCCCCGGCCAGGGGUGCAACAACAUGAGGCUACAACUGAUCCACCAGAAGGUGAAGGCAUCUUCUCCGUCCCUGGAUGGCAGUGUCAUCUGCACCUCGCCGAGCCCUGGACUGCACAAGAUCUACCGGGAGGCGGUGCUGGUGCUGGGAGUCAUCCUCAUCCUUGUCCUCCUGAUGCUGAUACAACUCCUGCUCUUCCCACUCAACCAGCAACUCAACAAGACCGCUCGGACCGAGAGUGGGCCAGCACCAUUGGUGGAGCAGCUGAGGAGGACCUGCACCGACCCCUGCAGUGUCGUCCUCGUUGAAAGUAUUCCAGAGGGGAUGCAAUUUGGGACCAAUUUCACCAGCAACCCGUCCAUCUACGAUGGCUGGAUGGGGCUGUUGAGUGAGGCGGGGAGCAGUCUGGACAUUGCUUCCUUUUACUGGACCAUGGCCAACAUCGACACCAGGACCACGGAGCCCACGGCCGCUCAGGGUGAAGCCAUCUUGAAGGAAAUGCAGAGGGUUUCGGGAAAACUAGAGGUGAGAGUCGCAGUCAGUAAACCCUCCAAGCACCAGACGUUGGCCGACCUGGAACUACUGCAGCAGAGCGGAGCCAAGGUGAGAGUGGUGGACAUGCCCAGACUGACCAGCGGCGUGCUACACACCAAGUUCUGGAUUGUGGAUAAGAAGCACUUGUUCAUCGGGAGCGCAAACAUGGAUUGGCGAUCGCUGACACAGGUGAAGGAGCUGGGAGUUGUGGUCUACAACUGCAGCUGCCUGGCUGAGGACCUGGGCAAGAUUUUCGAGGCGUACUGGAGCAUCGGUGGGACUAACGGCAGCAUCCCCGACCCCUGGCCCAGCAACUACUCCACCCCCUACAACAAGGACAACCCCAUGCAGCUGAAGUUGAACAACACCCCGGCCAGUGUCUACUUCUCAAGCUCCCCUCCUGCUCUGUGUCCAGCGGGCCGGACCGAUGACCUUGCGUCCGUCCUCAGCAUCAUCGAUGACGCAGAUGAUUUUGUGUACGUGGCCGUCAUGAGUUAUAUUCCCGUUCUCAUGUUCACGUAUCCCAGAAGGUUCUGGCCGACCAUCGACAACCACCUGCGGAAGGCAGCGUUCGAGCGGAAGGUGCACGUGCGCCUCCUCAUCAGCUGCUGGCAUCACACGGACCCCUCGGUCUUCCCGUUCCUCCAGUCCCUGACCGCACUGAGCCGCCACGGGAAAGGGCUGCACGUGGAAGUGAAAAUCUUUGUUGUCCCGGCAACCCAGGAGCAAAGCAAGAUCCCGUACGCUCGAGUCAACCACAACAAGUACAUGGUGACGGACAAGGUGGCCUACAUAGGGACAUCCAACUGGUCUGGCGACUACUUUGUGGACACGGCGGGGGUGGGGCUGGUAGUGAACCAGACGUCUUCAAGGCGGGGGCUGCCAGAGCCCACCGUCCAGCAGCGACUACUGGAGGUGUUCAAGCGAGACUGGGACUCGCCGUACAGCAAGCUCCUGGAGCCCGGGCUGAAGCGUCACGAUGUCUGUAGAUCCUUCUAAACCACCUGGGAUGAGGAACAGCUCCCUCCCACGCCGAAAGCCAAAGGACCAGCUCGGGACGGAGCCCUGGGACUCGAACUCGUGGAUGUCCAUUAGAACGUGCAGGAUGCAAUCACCAACCUCCGUCGGGAAUUCCCCUGAUCAUCGUUGUGGCUUUGGCAGACUAUCCGGGCAAUUCCCGAGUCCGUUUUUGCCUUGUUGUGGGCAGGGAAUGAUUUGAGGCACCCUCGGGAAAAUUCAGCGUAUUUUGUCCUCGACAAAGACGGAGAGAUGGUGGCUCACCGCUUGCUUGUCGCUGUCCCUUAUCCAUCCACGUUCCUCUGUUAUCCCCCCCCGUGCCCAGGUACAGCAUUGCAGUGUUUGGAAAGACACACAAUGUUGGAGUAACUCAGCGGGUCAGUCAGCAUCUCUGGAGAAUGCUUCAGGCCAAAACCCUACUUCGGGAACUUCAUCUAUCCCAUGUUCUCC